CUUCCUUUCGGCGCCUCCGCGUGAAAGAGAAGAGAGAAAGAAAGAGAAGGGAGAGCGCUAGCUAGGUUGGCAUUGCUGUGUUGCUCUCCUCCUCUAGCGCGUUCUUGGCGGCACGGGGAUUUCGUGGCGAUUUCGAGCACCCAGAGCUGGAGCCAGAUUCUAGCUAGCUACAUUCCAGAUCGCUCGCCUCCUUGCAUCCGAUUCGCGGCGGAUCUUGGCGCCGCGGCGCGGUUUGGCAGUCCCGGGGCCGGAUCUUGGAAGAAAUAUCGAUAUUUCGGUGCCAGGGGGGAGGGUUUUGGGGCACGCGAUCCGUCCAGCAUUGUUCAUGAGAAGAUGGCCAGCUCCAUCAUCAGCAAGCACUGGCGCCUGUGCUUGUUAGCGGUAGUGUGUGCGCUCCUGGCGGUGCGAACGUCGAGCUCGCAGGGCCUGGGCAGCGGCGGCAGCGUUGGCGGUGGUGGCGGCAUCGACGAAUUCUUGCUGGAUACGGAAAUUCAUGGCAGAUUUCUUGCGAGCCGCCAGACCUACAUCAGCUAUGGCUCGCUAACGGCGGAUCGAGUGCCCUGCCCUCCAAUGUCGGGCAACUCGUACUACAAUCCUCGAUGCAACCGCGGUGGCGCCGCCAAUCCUUACAAGCGCGGCUGCUCCACCAUCGCUCACUGCCGGAGAGAAGUGAACUAGAUCACACACAUCUCUCGAUUGGAUUCCAGGCAAGUGUGUUUGCUUUAGCUAUAAGAAUUGGUCUAGCUGGGGUGGUAGAAGGUUAUAGAUUUCGCAGGAUGGGAAGAAGAAACUAAACAGGGAUAGGGAGCUACGAGUUCUACGAACGAAUUGGGGGAGGGGCAUAGAACAGAUCGAAGUGGCUUCUGGAACAAGAAGAAGAAACUACAAAGCUGCCAACUAAAGAUUUUAGUAUGGAGCUCCGCGAGCGUUACAGAUAUCAAAGGCUUUCUGGGCGAUGGCUGGCAGGGCGAGCGAGCAUUGAUCGACUGGAGGCGCUCGAAUGGGAUUUGCUGAGAAGGGCCAGCAAGCGCAGAUGGUUGACGAUCUGGAAGAGGAGAUAAUGGAAGAAGAACUCGCCGCGCGCGCGGCAGAGCUUACACCAGGUGGAAAAAUAAGUCAGUGUGGAUCAAGCGAAGAAAGGAAAGGGGGCUUGUCUGUCUGGCUGUGCACAUUGGAUUCCCUCCCCCCUCUUCACUGUCACAAUUAGGGGUGGUUUUAUUUCUCUCUAUUCUCUCUUUUUUUCCCCUCUUUUAUUAAUUUUUUUAUUUUCGCUCU